AUGGCGUCCCUAAUCUCCCGUCGUUUCCUCAGCACGACUGCGCGUCGUCUCCAGGCCUCCGAUAACCUAAAGACCGAGAGCAAGCGCAACCCCGAGCUCAUGAUCCUCGGCGGUGUAAUGGUUGCUUCUCUGGGCGGUGCUGGAUUCUACUUCGGCCGCUCCCCGACCAAGUCUACCUCGGAGAGCCCCGUGGCCAUUUCCGGGAUGCCCUGGGAAGCCGAUGCCCUGGGCAAGUACAAGUACCACCCCGGUGGUGACCCCAAGGCGGACCCCAAGGAUGCUCCCAGCGCCCUCAACGUCGUCGUCGUUCCCAACGUCACUCUCCCCAGGGAACUGCACGACAAGUACAACAAGUGGGGCAAGGACGGCUAUCCUUGA